CGGAAACAAGCGCAAGCCCGCAAGCCAGCGACGUUCAUGGAUGCAACCUUUGCGUUUGUCACGCUACACUGAAUUAACUAAAGGAAUAAUCGUAUCAAUCGCUAACUAGCGUCACGCAAUCCACGCGCGAUAUACACCGUGUAAAUUGUUUUCUUGAAAGAUUUCGAUGGAACGUGCAAAGAAUUUGGUUAUGUGUUCGAUCUUUGAAAAAACAGCAGUGGCGCUGCUUGUAUCGCAACGCAAGUACAAUUAAAAUCAAUGUAACAGUUCAGUGUUUCGGCACGGAAUUUUCUUCGUUGCACUUUUCAACGCGUUUGCUUGGACGAGAAAUGUCGAACGGUAUGACCGUGUUAAACAAUGAUAAGGAGACCACCAACGAGACAAACUGCAACGCGGAGGAAAUACAGGAGGGUCACUUGACCGGGAUGGAACAAGCGAAUCCAAGGACCACGCAGAAGAGACCUGCCGAAUCGGAUCCCGAAGGUACCAUCAGUCCCAAGAAACGUCACAAGAACCCACAGCCCAAGAACGCGGUAUGCGCUUUGAACGAAUUAAAAACUGGCGCUGUAUACAAAGUUGUCGACCAAACUGGUCCGACUCAUGCUCCAAUAUUCACGAUAGCUGUGCAAAUAGAUGGACAAACUUACGAAGGCAAAGGUCGAACCAAAAAAAUGGCUAAACAUGCCGCAGCUGAACUCGCUCUGAGGAAUAUUAUCCAAUUCAGAAAUACGCCAGAAGUUCAUCAGGCGAUCAACACUUGCCAACUUUCGUUGCCUCUCGAACCAGACUUUACCAGUGACGUUACGGAACGUGAUAAUCACCUUGUUAAUGCAUUCAAAACGUUAACUCAAGAACCGAAAAGCACAAAUAAAUUUUUAGAGAAAGGCCCUGUGGCGCUUAUUAACGAAUUGUACCCUGGUGUUGUAUAUAAGUGUUUGUCCGACAAUGGUGAAAGUUACGCAAAAUUCACAAUAUCGGUGACUAUCGACGGAGAAACAUUCGAGGGAACCGGUCCGAGUAAAAAAUUAGCGAAAGCUGCUGCGAGUAAAGCAGCUUUGGCUAAGCUAAGAAACGUUCACAGUUCUUCCUUUUGCAUUCCACUUCCCGUUCGCGUACUACCAAACUUUUCCAAUAGCGGACAUUGGCAGGACCAGAUGCAACUGCCCCAAAUGUUAGCCGAUAAAAUUGGGAAAAUGGUGAAUCAGAAAUUUAGCGAACUUAUUCAAUCUAAGCCGCAGCACGCUCGACGUAAGGUUCUAGCUGGUAUCGUUCAAACCAAAGGUUCAGAAGCCGAACUGAUAUGCGUAACAACCGGUACGAAAUGUGUAUCCGGAGAACAUUUAAGCGUCAGCGGUGGUGCUCUGAACGAUUGUCACGCAGAAGUGGUCGCGCGAAGAUGUUUGUGCGAGUACUUGUACAAACAACUGGAACUUUACGCAGAAACUCGAGCCGCUGAUUCUAUUCUAGAACCCGCUGUAAAAGGAUUCAGGCUCAGACAAGGCAUUCAAUUUCAUUUAUACAUAAAUACCGCUCCGUGCGGUGAUGCUAGAAUUUUUUCGCCUCACGAAGAAAACGAGUCUGUCGACAAGCAUCCCAAUCGAAGAGCGAGAGGUCAAUUGAGAACUAAAAUCGAAUCCGGAGAAGGAACGAUCCCCGUGAAAAGCAGCGAGGGUAUCCAAACGUGGGACGGUGUUCUUAUGGGCCAAAGACUGCUGACGAUGUCGUGUUCGGACAAAAUAGCUCGGUGGAACGUACUUGGUGUGCAAGGUGCACUUCUAAGCCACUUCAUCGAGCCAAUUUACUUCCACAGCAUCGUUCUUGGCAGUCUAUUGAACCCAAGUCACAUGUACAGAGCGGUUUGUGGACGUAUCGAAAACACGAUUCAAGGUCUACCGCCACCGUACAGACUUAACAAGCCGCUAAUGAGUCUCAUCACAUCUUCGGAAGUUAGACAACCUGGAAAGGCGCCUAACUAUAGCGUUAAUUGGACAAUCGGUCAAACGGAGGCUGAAGUAAUCAACUGUACCACGGGAAAAGAUGAAUUGGGUAAACCGUCCAGAAUAUCGAAGCAAGGACUCUUCAGAAGAUUUUACAAUUUGCUAGGUAAACUCGGUACGAUAGACGACGCUGAUAAGAAUCGGUGCCGUCAUUAUUUGGACGCGAAAUCUUCGGUGCAAAAUUACUCGCUUGCUAAGCACCAAUUGAAGGAGGCUUUCGUAAAGGCGCGCCUUGGCAGUUGGGUUAAAAAACCGAUCGAACAAGAUAUGUUUGAGGUAGAUAUCUGACUAAAUCAGACUACCGAUAAAAUCUCGACUCAGGAUAUGGAGAUUCGGAUGACAGAUUAUGUAGUUCCUACUGCAAACUAGAUCGCUCGAUCAGGGUGGCACAGUAUGGCAGAAUACGGCAUCAGUAAAGCAUAAAUCGUAGGAUCUCGUGCGCGUUUUUCUUCGGUUUUCCGUUCUGCGACAGGUUCAGAGUACAUAAUAGACACGAGCUUCGCAAACGGGCUCUCACGUUCUCGAGCCGUCGAAGGUUUUACGAUUCCAACAGUUGCUCAGUUUUAACAUAGGGUAACCAAGUGACACGUUUCGAUACUUGGAAUUUUAAUCUUAAUCGUUAUAGCGUAACGUCAAUUUCGACAGUUUUUAGAGACUGAUAGUAAACACGAAUCGCAUCGAAACGACGCGACGGUUUCGUUUCGCAGAAGGAGAGAGGUUGUACGUAGCGAUUGGGAAAUUUACGUCAUCUUAUCGUAUCCGAGACCCGUUUUUACGAAAGGACGAUUCAGCACAUAUCCGUACGUCAGUCUUCUUGUUAUCGGGAAAUUUUCUUCUAACGGGUAUUUUAACGUGAAACGAUGAACGACUUUGGGCUACUUUGAGUCGCUUAUACACAACAAGAAACGAAAGGGUCGUAAACUGAAAAACAUCUCGAGAUUUUACUCGUGCCUGCAGUAUUUUUC